AUGGAGGCAGAAGCAGGAAAGUUGGAAGUUCACAUCACUGGAAAGAGCAUUGUUAAAGCAAGCAAGCAAUUGCAGAAGCCUUAUAUACUAGCCCUAUCCCACCUCGACCUACUUUCCGGCCGUUUUCCUGUUACAUACUUGUACUUCUAUCCUAACCCGCAAACUGCUAGCUUUCCCACUAUCAUCAACUCUCUAAAGCGCUCCCUUGCUGAAACUCUGAGUUACUACUACCCCUUUGCUGGUCGAAUAGUUCAAAAUCCAAUAACUACGGAGCCUGAGAUCAUAUGCAAUAACGAUGGUGCUCUGUUGAUCGAAGGCCAUGCCGAUAUCUCCUUGAAGAAACUAGACUUCUACAAUCUUAAUCAUUUUCUGCAAAGCAAACUUGUUUCAAUCGACUCUGAUUUCCCUUUGCACAUCCAAGUCACAAGUUACAGUUGCGGUGGCAUUUCAAUAACAUUCACAUUUGAUCAUGCACUAGGUGACGCAACUUCUUUUGGCAAAUUCUUGUUCUCAUGGUCUGAAAUUGCUCAAAACAAGACGCUGUCUUGCAUUCCUAACCAUCAAAGAGAACUUUAUCCGCGUUGCCCACCGAUUUAUCAUCCUUCUUUGGAUCAUAUUUUUGUUAAGUGUACAAUCGAAGACAUUAAAACCAUACCGCAAAAGAACAUCUUGCUUAAGCGGCUUUACCAUAUUGAUGUCUCCAGCAUCAAUAAGCUGCAACAUAUUGCAAAUGGCAGCAAGAGAACCAAAAUUGAGGCCUUCUCAGCCUACAUAUGGAAGAUUAUGGUCACAGCUAUUGAUGAAAAGCAUGAUAGGUGCAAGAUGGGAUGGUUAGUUGAUGGCCGCGGUCGAAUAUAUGGAAAUCAGAAUUCAAUGUCGAACUACAUCGGAAACAUACUGUCUGUGACUGUUGGAGAGGCAAGUGUUGCACAACUCAAACAAGGAUCCCUUUCAGAUAUUGCUACAAAUGUUCAUGAAGCCAUACUAAAGGUUACCAAUGAGGAGCAUUUCCAGGAUGUAAUUGAUUGGGUUGAAUGCCACAGGCCUGGUUUGAUGCUGCCAAAUAUCGUGUUAGGAUGUGGCGGCCCAGCCAUUGUGUUGUCAUCAGGUAGGAGGUUCCCGGUAGCUGAACUUAACUUUGGGUUUGGCAGUCCUGCUUUAGGCACAGUCUGUUCUACAAUAGAAAAAAUUGGAGUUGGCUACUUUAACCAAAGACCAAGUGCUCAGGGCGAUGGCUCAUGGACUGUGUCAGCAAUCAUAUGGCCAGAAUUAGCUGCAGCCCUCGAGUCUGACCUUAUUUUUGAACCCAUGUCAGCCAGUCAUCUUCAACUGUGAUGUCUUCCAUCUCAAUUUGUUUCCACAUCUCCAUUCAGAAAUUCUCCUGUCAGAAAAUAUGCUGAAACAAUGAGCAAACUGCACGUCUAUGUAUAUUGUGUAUUAAGCAUCAAUCAAUGCUUUAAUUAAGCAGGACUUGAGUAUCAAUUUACCUUCUAAACUUGCACGCGAUUGGAAAUUAAAACCAAAAUAAUUAUUUUCUAUCAAUUCGUCCA